AUGAAGUAUUUUAUUGUUUUUUUCUCGUUAGUUAUUCUAUUUGUCGCAGGAGAUCGACAUUUAAAUGCUAAUGGACCUUUUGGUAAACGACAUAAUGUAGGUGACGAACCAAGUCCAUAUGCAUGUAAUCGUCGUGUAGGAAUUUCGUCUUCAACAACUUUAAGCAUAACGAAUAUAAAUGUAUCAGCAACGAAUUAUUCAAGUAAUGAUCAAAUUAAUAUUACUUGGACAUCGGUAUCAAAUCCAUGUGUCGAUGAUUUUGUUGGAAUUUAUUUUGUUGAAAUUGAUCUAUCAAAUGCUUGUGGUUAUUUUGAUUAUGAAUUUGUAAAAACUGGUCAAAAUAAAACAUCAUGGCAAAUGACAAAUUUACGUCGUAAACUUGAAUUUCGUUAUUAUUCUCGUGAUCGAAAAUGUUUGGGUAAUUAUACAUUGAUUGGCAAAUCUCCAACGAUUGAACCAUUAAAUUAUAAUGAAGCAACACAUAUUCAUUUAGCUUAUGGUAAUCGUAUUGAUCAAAUCUAUGUGUCAUAUUUAACAAAUUCAUCUGAAUAUAUUCCACAAUGUCAAUAUGGAUUAAAUCCAUCAUCGUUAGAUUUUCAUCAAAAUGGUACAACAACAACUUAUACAGCAUCAGAUAUGUGUGAAGGAAAAGCUAAUACAUGGGGUGCACAAACAUUUAUUCAUCCAGGAUAUAUGCAUACUAUUCUAUUAGAAAAUCUUCAUCCAUCGACAACAUAUUUUUAUCGUGUUGGAACAGAUGAACAUGGUUGGUCACAAAUUUAUUCAUUUCAAAAUCGUCCAGCAAAUAAAGAUGAAUCAGUUUAUUUAAUUGCUUAUGGAGAUAUGGGUGUAUCACCUGUUGAACAGGGUUCAAAAUCAACAGUCGAUCGUGUAACAGCAAGAGUAUUAACAAAUAAUGUAACUUGUCUAUUACAUAUUGGUGAUAUUAGUUAUGCUCGAGGUAUUGGCGCUCUUUGGGAUUCUUUUAUGACACAGAUUGAACCAGUAGCAGCUCGUAUACCAUAUAUGGUUGGAAUUGGUAAUCAUGAAUAUGAUCAUGAAACUGGAGGUAAUAAUAAAGAUCCAAGUGGAGCUCCAGGUCCAGGUGGUUUUCGACCUAAAUGGGGUAAUUAUGGUACUGAUUCAGGUGGUGAAUGUGCUGUUCCAAUGGUUCAUCGUUUUCAUUCACCAACAAAUGGUAAUGGUCUUUUUUGGUAUAGUUUUGAUGUUGGUCCAAUUCAUAUAAUUUAUUAUUCAACAGAACAUGAUUUUCGUCGUACAUCUAUUCAAUACAAAUGGAUUGAAGCAGAUCUUCAAUCAGUAAAUCGUUCUCGUACACCGUGGUUAAUUGUUGGUUCACAUCGUCAUAUGUUUACAUCAGAAUUCGAAUCUCCAGUAGAUUUAAUUAAACUAAUGCUUCAAUUACAUUUAGAACCAUUAUUUUGUAAAUAUCAUGUUGAUAUUAAUCUUUAUGCUCAUCGUCAUUCGUAUGAAAGAUCAUGUCCAAUGUAUCAUUAUAGAUGUAUUGAUGAUGGAAUAACACAUAUAUUAAUUGGUAUGGCUGGACAAGAUCUUGAUUCAGGACCAUAUUCAGGUGCUGAAUGGAGUUUAUAUCAUGAUCAACAAUUUGGAUAUACAACUAUAUUUGCUAAUCAAACAUAUUUACAUUUUAAUUAUUAUCAUAAUAAUAAUGAUCAAAUUGCUGAUCAAUUUACACUUCACAAAUAA